UUCCAUUGAUAAGUUGAAAUUGAAUUGAGUUGAGAGGAAGAAGAGAUCAAAAAAGAAAGAUGGGGUGUUCAGCAUCAAAGAGAGUUAACACCACUUUCCAAACCUCCUCCGAAUUCAACUCAGCCUGCGAGACAACCUUCACCCACUGCCUCUCCCUAACACAACACACCUUCGAAGGAGUCUUACCCUAUCAACUCAAAACCGCUUCCGAUCAAAUCCACACCCUCCUCACCAAUCAUCCCCUCAUCCACAACUGGGUCCCAUCUCCUCCCGAUCGAACCCAAGUUGACUCCGCUCUCCGCCGUGUCCUUCGACCCGAUCACAACCGCGACAGCGUCCUUCGACUUCCGGUUUUCAAGGAAUGGGCUCGGUGUCUUUACACUGACGCUGUUUUGGCUUCUGCUGGUAAAGCGUUGAUUGUAAGAGUUCCUGUUGGUGUUGCUGGAAUUGUUGGAAUUGGUACUGUUGCGAAAUCUGGUCCGGUGCUGCUUGGGGGUUUUGUUGGAGCUUACUCGCUUGGUGUUGCUCUUUCUAUUUUUCUUGGUUUAUCCGCAUAAAUUAAAUUAAAAUUCUUAUCGUUGUAUUUUUGUAUAUGUUUGUUCAAACUCUUGUCAAUUCUCAAUAUACAUAAAUGAAUAUAUCAAGUACAAUUCAUAUGUGUGAUAUAUAAACCUGGUAUACUCCUUUCUGCCAAA